CCCUGCGGAUGGAGCCAGGAUAAAAGGGGCUCCAAUGGCGGGCCGGGAACGCCUCCUGGGUGGAGGAGCCAGCUCCUGCCUGCCCGUACACGCUCCCGGUGCAGGGCCGGAGGAGCCGAUGGAGCCGCGGUGGCAGCUCCAGUUCCGGGUGAUCAUGCUGGGGGACUCCACGGUGGGCAAGUCCUCGCUGCUGCGGCGCUACACGGAGGGGGUGUUCCUGGAUGCCAUCAACCAGACGGUGGGGGUGGAUUUCUACGUCCAGUUCGUGGAGCUGGAGCCGGGGCUGAGGGUGAAGCUGCAGUUCUGGGACACGGCCGGGCAGGAGAGGUUCAGGUCCGUGACCCGCUCCUAUUACCGCAACUCGGCCGGGGGGAUGCUGCUGUUCGACCUCACCAACCCCGCGUCCUUCCAGAGCGUGCGGCGCUGGCACCGGGAGGUGACGGACACGGUGCCCCCGUCCCGCAUCGUCUUCCUGCUGGUGGGACACAAGAGCGACCUGGCUGCGCAGCGCCGCGUGAGCAGGAGGGAGGCGGAGAGGCUGGCGGCGGCGCUGGGGGUGCCGUACAUCGAGACCUCGGCCAAGGACGCCACCAACGUGGUCCAGGCCUUCCGGAUGCUGACGGUCACCAUCUACCAGGCGCUGCGGACAGGGCAGCUGGCAGCCGGCGAGGCCUGGGAUGGGGUCAAGAGCAGCGUCCCGCUGCCGGCGCCGCUCCGGGCUGCGGGGACGGAGAAGGAGAAGAGGUGGAAGAGCUGCUCGUGCUAGAGGUGGGCACUGGGACCCGGGCGCUGUGGGGCACGGAGCGCAUU